AUGAGUGAAGAACAUCAUAAGAAAAAAGUUCGAUCCAAGAAAUCAAGGAAUGCUCCACAAGAGCUAUCUACAUCUAAGCCAUGUGGUAGGAAACUGCUUGAUACUGAAGAAUCUCAUAAAAUAACAGACCCAAGAUUUAGAGAAGAAUGUGGUGAAAUUGAUAAAGUUGGAUUUGUUAAGAACUAUGCGUUUUUACAAAAGAAUAGAGAACAAGAAAUUUCUCAAAUGCAAAAAGAAUUAGAAGAUGAUCCUACUCUUGCAGACGAUCCUGAAUUCAAGAAACGUUUACAAUCGCUUAAAGAUCAGCAUAAAACGAUGGCAUCAAAGAUUGAUGAUGUUAAUGCAAGUAUUCAAUGGCACCGUGAGGAAAGGCAAAGAAUAGCAGAAGGAAAACGUCCAUUUUGGAUGGGUAAGCAAGAUAUGAAGUUAAUGCAACAGAAGAAGAAAUUUGAUGAGCUUCAGAGCACAGGACGAUUAAAUGCAUAUCUUAAGAAGCGUAACAAAAAGCUUCUUGCUAAGGAUAAGAAGGUUGGUGUUAUAUAA